GCACGAAAACAGGUGGAAGGGUGGUAAUCAGUAGAAAAAACGAUGAGAAUUACUGCAAGUCGCAAAAGCGAUGUUGUUUGAUUUCGAUAAGUGCUCGCAGGAAGAAGCGGAGCACAAGGACAGCUGGUAGACAUUGUAAAUAAUCUCCUCCGAAACGUGGUUCGAAGUUUUCAACAGUUUUUGUCGUUCUGUUAAUUCUAUUGAUGGUGCCGUCACAGUAAAAGGGGCAACCUUUUUUUUCAUGUAAACUCAACCCGUGUGUGUGGAUCAUAAUCACGCCUCACACACCGUGAAUGUCUGAGGAAUGCAAUCUGACACCGCCGACUACUAGAGCAAUCCGCAGGAAAAAUAAUCUGCCAGCAGUAGUAGGACCACGAAGUUGCAACACGCAAUAGAAGCAAACAUGACGACAAAUCGUACGUUCGACCCAAAAACGUACGACACGCUCACAAACCAGGACACCAAUCCGUUCGCGGACAAACGCUCGCCAACGAUCGAGGAAGAGGACACACCGCAGGUCAUACAUGUCGUGCCGGAGACAAGUAAAGCCCGAUGGAACCACAUAGAGGAUUUGGAUUCGUUCUUCACCCGUGUUUACAUCUACCACCAGAAGCACGGGUUUUAUGUGAUGAUGCUGCAGAAACUGUUCGAGCUGUUCCAGUUUGUGUUUGUCGUGGUGCUGAUCACGUACAUGUUUAACUGCAUUGACUAUGGGAUUCUUUUCCGUGAUAAGAUCAUCGAACUUGACUCGAAAGUUUCGCUGGGGGAUGCGAUGAUAGGCGUAUCGGAAUGUGCGGCCAAGCUUGGUGCAUUUCAAUGGUUGGCACUAGUGCUCGCUGGUUUGUUUUGGACGUUUCGGUUGUUUAAAUUCUUCUAUCAAUUUUUCCAAUUUUGGGACAUUAAAAUGUUCUAUAACACGGCACUUAAGAUCGAGGAUGCUGACCUGGACAAUCUUACUUGGCACGAGGUACAAAAGUGCAUACGAGAAGUGCAAUCUGAGAUACAGAUGAGUAUCAACAAAGAGCAACUGACUGAGCUAGAUAUUUAUCAUAGAAUAUUAAGGUUCAAAAACUAUAUGGUAGCCAUGAUGAACAAAUCAUUGCUGCCCGCCACGUCGAAGCUGCCAUUACUAGGAAAUGUAGUACUAAUGAGUCAAGCACUCCGUUACAAUAUAGGAUUAAUUCUUUUCUGGGGACCAUGGUCACCGUUCGAGAACAGCUGGCAUCUGCGGGAAGAAUACAAACGACCCAGUAUGCGCAAUGAACUGGCGGCCAAACUAUCGAAACAAAUACUGUGGGUCGCAAUUGCGAAUUUUAUACUCUCACCAUUCAUAUUCAUCUGCCAGUUGAUGUACUUUUUCUUCAACUAUGCGGACCUUAUAAAAAAGGAACCCGGUACGCUGGGCGUACGAUGUUGGUCGCAGUACGGGAAAUUGUACCUACGACACUUCAACGAACUCGACCACGAGCUGGACGCGCGUCUUACCCGUGCUUAUCGGCCGGCGGUAAAAUAUAUGAAUUCAUUUUCAUCACCCUUGCUAACUGUUAUUGCAAGAAACAUCGCUUUUGAUGCUGGUGGUGUCGCAUCGCUUAUAUUACUGCUGGCCAUCUACGAUGAGGACGUGUUUCAGGUGCAACACGUCCUUACUCUCUUCACAAUUUUGGGAAUGAUCAGUGUUAUUGCGAGAUCACUGAUACCGGAUGAGAAUAUGGUGUGGUGUCCUGAGCAGCUGCUAAGGAAUGUGUUGGCUCAUGUGCACUAUCUUCCAUCGUCCUGGCGUGGCUUUGCGCACAGUUCAAAUGUUCGCGAUCAGUUUGAAUUGUUUUUCCAGCUUAAAAUUAUGUAUAUUCUGAACGAACUCUUCAGCCCGCUUGUGGCACCGUUCGUGCUGCUUUACGAUUUGAGACCAAAAUCUCAACAGCUAGUUGAUUUCUUCCGCAACUUCACGGUCGAUGUGGUGGGCGUUGGUGACGUGUGUUCCUUCGCACAGAUGGAUGUCCGCAAGCAUGGCAACCCGGACUGGCAGAUCCCGAUCGUGGCGGAUGACAAGGAUAGUGAGAAUGAAACUCCUCUGAUAUCUCCGGAUGAUGUUGCAGGCGGUGGUACUAGGAUUGGCGUGCCACCGUCCGCAGAGGUUCAUGCCACUGGCGUUCCACCAUCCGGAGGGCACGGUGCCACCCCGUACAAUCAGGGCGAACACGGUAAAACUGAACUUUCGCUGGUACAUUUCACGCUUACCAAUCCCACCUGGCAAAUGCCACCGGAAGCGAAACAGUUCGUGCAGGGGAUUAAGCGCCACGCACUGCAGGAUCUCAACCGACAGCGGGGAAUGUUGCUCGGUUUGCACAACCCAACAGCAAUGGGUCAAAGUUUGCUAUCGAUGGAAAGCAUGGGUGCGGAGUAUUCGUCCAUCAUACAGCCCAUAUUGCAAACACACAAUCUAUCAAACUCGCAGCAUCUGGGACUAUCGAUGCAUCUCGGUGGGUUCGGUUCACCCGUUCCACCGAUGACGCCUGCCUUUGGACCGGGUAUGAUGCCAUCGACCGUGCAUCAUCAGCAGCCAACGCAACACGGUGCCGGUGUGCAAUCGUCCCACCAGUACCAUUUCGGACCGCAAUCAUACGAUUUCGAGCGAAUGCUGCAGCAGAAUCUUACCGACGCCAGUACGGUGGCUCCUAUGCCUAGUCGCAGCACUUUCCUAGCGGACAUUCAUGAGAACGAUGACGAAACGGGGGCACCUUCGUUGGCACCAGAGGUUCCGCAAGCAAGCACCAGCAGCCGUGUUCAGGCAGGUAGUGUUGCUCCUGCCACGAUGGGAUUGGAUCCAGAGUUGGAGGGUAGUCGGUUUGUGGCGCCGUGUACCGAUGGCAUGGUAUUCAGCACUCGUGGAGGAAUGUCCCGCCGUGAGGGACCUGCGGAAGGUUCUCGCAAUGGGUUACUUUCGAGUCUUUAUGGCGAUAUGCCUACCAAUGCUCCGGCACCGUACGAAUUUACGACUGCCGACAUGUGUCUUAGUACGCUGUACCUGCAUGAGUUACAUCACAAUCGUUUGCGACGUCACGGUGGUAGCCUGAGGCUUGAUAUGGGUUCACCACCCCCAUCGUCAUCACAUCGUCCAUCAGCCGUUGGUCGCUUUAUGGGACAGGGAGGAUUCCGACCGUUCGGUUCGGUAGUUCAACCAUCGCUAGUCAGUCACCCGUUACGUACGCUUGCGCCGAGCAUUAUCGGUGGCGAAACUGCUGGACCGUCCGGUUCGAUGGCGGGCGGUAGCAGUGGAUCGAUAGUGGCCGCCGAACGAACCCCUUUGCUCGGUAGCAAAAAGUCAUAGCACCAGGCCGAGUGGGUCUAACUGGUAGAGGCAGACACUUAGGUUCGGAGAAUGCGGAUAGCUUUACCGUUGAGCGAAGGGAAUGAAUGAAUGUGAUUUGUUUAUACCGUCGUCAUCGUCUCAAUGUUAGACCAAAUCCGCACAGGGGACGGCAAAGCUGAUCGUGAUAUGUAGAAAACUGAGCUAAAUUUUAAGUACCACUAGCGACAGUGCGAAAGAAUAAUGAUAGAAACAACGAAAGUGAAAAAACAAUAUUUUAAGCGAAUAGUGUUAAUGGCAACCGUGUGUGAGCGCUUUUGUAAAUAAAGUUUAAACAAAAACCUCAACUAGAUAUCGUGCGCAAACGAAAACAUAAAACACGAUUAGAUGAGCCAAUUAAAAAAAUAUAUUCUGAGAUCAGGUGAAAAUUGACUACACUUGAGAAAACGCGGCUUGUAUAAUGCUUACCAAGACCAGGUUCAAAAUGUCAGAUAAAAACGAAUGUAAAGCAAUUGAAUAAAAUCGUUUCCAUUUUUGUUUCCACCGAUGUACAGUUAUGGCAAUUAGACGACAGCUAAGCAUAUCUCCCGGGAGAUAACGUGCAUUCAUUCGCAGCUUUCGUGUGAGAGGUGAUUAGAAGAGAAGUGGGCUAAUACCCUGCAAGUUAUUUAAAUUCUACGGAAAACUGAUGCUGAGAUAAGUUGUUAAACUUGUGAAAUAAAUGGGGACUUCCUCGUCUGAAA